AAUUUAGCUCGGCGGCAAUCAGCAAGCAACCAACAAACGCACGUUUCUGUCCACCAACAACCAAGCAGCAAUCAUGAACUUCAGCAAACUCGUCCUGUUCGCUCUGCUCAUUGCCACGUUGCUACUCGUCGGCCAAAUCGAAGCUGGCCGGCUGAAGAAACUCGGCAAAAAGAUCGAAGGAGCUGGCAAGCGCGUGUUCAAGGCCGCCGAGAAGACACUUCCAGUGGCGGUUGGUGUGAAGGCACUCGGCAAGUGAUCGAUACACCCCCAAACAUGCAGAUGUUUAGUGUAUGUACUCUGCGAUAUACCUUCUGAAUGCUACGAUUGAAGUGUGCAUUGGUUUAUUUGGAGCAUAAAUAAAUGCAAAAAAUCAUGCAAACAUA